AUGGAAGCUCCCAAGACAGAGGUGCCGGCUGGCGUGGUGGUGAACAAGGAUGACACCGAAUUCACUGAGGAGGAGAAGCAGCGCAUUGAGCAGGCUCUCGCUGAGACCCAGCAGAAGAACCAGGUCUUCCUCGUGACCGGAGAGAAGGGCACCACGAAGGCCUACGAGGCCGACGCCUACACUGACGGCGCCACCGUCUACUUCAAGGACUGCCACGACGGCACCUACACCAUCACCGGUCCCUGCACCAAGGUGCUGGUCGAGCGUUGCACCAACUUCAAGCUGCAGCUCGAUGGACAUAUUAAGACCGAGACCCUCGAGAUCUGGCGAUGCGAGAACGCUCAUCUCCAGAUCAACGUGCCGAUCAAGACGCUGCAGGCCGAUCUGAGCAAGAAGCUGUCGCUGGUCUACAAGAGCAAGGAUAUCUACGGCUCGCUCGUGUGGAGCGGCAUCUACGACCUAUCGCUCAAGGUCGGCGAUGACGUCCACGAAUCCGGCUAUGAGCAGAUGAAGGUCGAGUACCCCGACAUCAACGACCAGUUCGACCAGUUCAUCGUCCGCUACCUCAACGGCACCCUGACGGCGGAGCAGAUCGUGAGGCUCAAGAACGGAUUCCCCACCACCGAGAGGGAGGCCAAGGAGUUCGACGAGAAGCAGAAGGCCAACGACGCUGCCAUGGAGAACUACGUCCGAAAUCUCGUCAAGUUUGCGGCGCCCAAGCUCGGCAUCAAGGAUGACCGCAAGAGGCCCAAGGUUGGCAGGAACGAGCCGUGCCCGGCCUGCUCGAGCGGCAAGAAGUUCAAGGCCUGCUGCUGGAACAAGUACGAAAACUAA